AUGUCAUUGAGUAGAACAGCAGCUGCUGCUAACAAGUUGGAUUGGGCGAAGGUUAUCUCGUCUUUGAAGUUGACUGGUAAGACUGCUACGCAGUUGUCGACAUUCAAGAAGCGUAAUGAUGAGGCGCGUAGACAGCUGUUUGAGUUAGAGCAACAGCCAGUUGAGGUUGAUUUUGCACACUACCGUUCUGUAUUGAACAACAGUGAGGUUGUUGACAAGAUCGAGCGUUAUGUGAAGUCGUACAGCCCUGUUACAGUGGACACAUCUAAGCAGUUGGGUGCUAUUGCGUCCUUCGAGAAGUUGGCGUUGGAGAAUGCCAAGGAGACCGAGGAGAUUGUCUCCAAGGAACUAAAGGCUUUGAAGGAGACGUUGGCUAACAUAGAGUCUGCUAGACCAUUUGACCAGUUGACUGUUGACGAGUUGGUCAAGGCUAAGCCAGAGAUCGACGAAAGAGUCGCGGAGUUGGUUAAGAACGGUAAGUGGGAAAUCCCAUCGUACUACCAGAAGUUCGGCAACAUGUCUGUUAUGUGA